AUGAAUGAAUUUAUUGAGCAACUGCAUUCCAGCGAGGCUCCGGUAAGCUUUCCUGAAAACUGACGUUGUUGUAAAUAGGCUUUAUAUGUCUUAUAUAGCUGUUUGCCAAUAUGUCGUAUUUAAUUUGUUAAGGAGGAAAGUAGUGAUGACAGUGGGAGUUACAAACCAGAAAGUGAUGAGAGUAGCUCUUCAGAGGAGGAUGAGGAGGAUUGUGACCUUGAGGAUGAAUCACCAGAUGUUUUAACAAUGGUCAGUAUCAGUCAUUAAUAUACAGCAUCGACUAGUGGUCAGUGACAUAACAUUGAUCCAAGGCGCAUUUUUAAAAAUACCUAAACAAAUUUGUUCAGAUUGAAAUAUAACUCCGAGUGUGCUUUUUGGUUAAGAAUUGUAGGCCGCUUAAAGUCAUUCACAUUUAACAAGAAGACUGACCAAGCUUGGGCUAACACUUGUAGUUUCGAAAGAAUGAUUAUUACCUUUCUUCACUGAUAUAGGAAAACAAUGCCGAAAACUAAAAAGAGAACAGUUUUCUAUUCCCCGUCUAGUUUGAGACAUAACCUAAAUAAGAUCAUUAAAAAACAAGUAGCCUCAAAACAUAAUUAUCAUAGAGUGAUAGCUAAUAUAAUUAAACUGAUAAGUGAAAAGACAUCUCAGAAAGCAACUAUUUCUCAUUUUUCGUUUUACUUGUUGUCUAGGACCCAAACCAAGUAACAGUGAAGGAAGAAGAAGGGAAAUGUGGUCCUAUCGGAAGAAAAACAACCAGGCAAAAAAAACGGUGCCCUCUUCCUUCAUGUGAUUCGAUCGUUUACCAUAUCCCCCGUCAUCUUAAAGAAGUUCAUGGUUGGACCAAAGAGCUUUCUCGGACUGCUCUUUCAAGAUUUGGUUUAAGGAAGAGCUACGCAUACACGGAACCCAGCAAGGUUACAGCAAAGAAAAAGAAACCAAACCCAGAAGUCAAAGUAAAAUCGGAGGGCGAAAAAAAGGCUAAAGAUUACCACCAUUAUCGUUACUGCCCAGUCGGUGGGUGUACCUCACUAGUUAAACGCCUUCCUCCUCAUUUGAAGAAAGUACACAAGCUAAUUCCAGGGUCCAAGGAUUACAAGGAGGCCAUGUCAAAAGUAAGAGGUCCCAUAAGAGAUUCACAACGAAGGCCUUAUCACGAAAGACCAAGGCGUACAGCUGAAUCUUGUGAAACUCCAUCAGAGCAUCCGUCCUCUUCUUUUGAAGUAGAGGUUAUCAGCAGCGAAGAAGAAGAAAAGGACAGUGACAAGUCCGCUAAAAGAACACAUCAAGAUAUGCCCUCUCAGCUUGUCAGUUUUGAAGCCUGGCUACAAUCGGCCGAUGGUGGGAAGCUGGAUCAAAAGACCAGUCGACAACACACCAAGCAAGUCUUCAAGCUCUUGAAUGCAAUAGAUGCAAAGCGUAAAUUGUUAUCGCUGUUCGAUGCCCGCCUCCUAAAUGACAGGUUCCUCGAGGGACAUGUAAGCAAAGAAUACUCUCCCAAAACCGUCCAGUCAUACUUAAUGAGCCUUCGCCACUUUUUCUCGUUCUCUUUGACGGAUGAUGCAGAUGUACCUAUUUCCAAGGAGGCGAUCAUCUCCCUAAGAGAUAAAGUCACACGUUGGUCCUCGUCAUAUCGGGUACAAAGCUCAAAGCGCCACUGGGAGAAGAUGAAAGAGGAUUAUGAAGCUCUGAUAACUCCUGAUCAAAUCAACGAGUUCGAAAGAAGCAAAGCUGCAAGGGACGCAAUUUGCUUAUUAGGCCAGCUAAGCGGUGCCCACAACAUUGUCAUAACUCAAGCUCAGUACACACUGAUUCGUGAUUUUUUGCUAGUUGAAAUAUCCAUUGACAAUGCUAACAGGGCGGGUGUUCUAGCAAACAUGACAGUGGAAGAAUUCAACAGUUCGACGAAAGAGAAUGAUGAUUAUCUGGUUCUUGUAAAGAGGAGUAAGACUUUGUCUACCCAUGGCCCAGCCAGGAUCGUUUUAAGUCCAAAGUUGAAGAGUUGGAUACAAAUCUACAUCCGGGAGGUGCGUUCACAGGUUGCUGGUUCAACUAAUCGGCCAGACGAUUCUGUAUUUCUUUCAUUCUUCGGAGAGCCAAUGGUCUCGAGUCAGAUCAAUAAAGCUAUGAAGUCUGUUUGGAAGAAGGCUGACGUGGAGGGUGCGCCCAGUUCUACCCUAUUUAGGAAAUCGGCCGUCUCCAACAUUCACAGCUGCAAUGACAGUAAUGAAGCACGCGAAAAUCUAGCUGACUUGAUGGCGCACAAUAUUUCAACGGCAAAGAAGUACUAUCGACUGCAGGAGAAAUCGAAGUCUUCGGUUCUCGCCUCCAAACAGCUUCGCCAGGUGAUGCGUCAAGAUACAGAAGAGAGUUCAAGCAAGACCAAUUCAGAUAAGAUAGAAACGCCCAGAGAUCCUAUAUCGAAAUAUAACGGUCUGCAGGAAAAGAGCAAAUCUUCUGUUGAAGCAUCAAAACAGCUGCGCACCGUUAUGCGAGCACUAGACCAAACAGACAGACCAGACAGUCCUCCUCUUUCCUCCAACCCACCUGCUUCAGAUUCCAUAGCUCCUAAAACUUCAAGAACUUCAUGGGAUGAGGACAUGGCACAUGCGAUCAAGACUCUUUUCAAAGAUGAAAUUAAAGAUAAAGCUAUUACUUUGCAAACGGUGAAAACCAAAAUUUCUGAUCAUCUGCAGCUGAAAGAAGAAGACCCCAAAAGAGUCUUGGACAAGGUACGUGCCUUUUGGCGUUUCAGUAAGUCUCCUUCUCCAGAAACUCCAUGCCUUCCAACUGAGGUGGAAACACUAGACAAACGUGUGUCAAGGAUGCUUCCAGAGGAGAGUGAGACCUCUAGUGAUAUCAUUCCACCGACUGUGUCAAGUAGCGUAAGGAACGUUUUCAAAGCAACCGAACUUCAAGGAAUAAAGAACCUUUUUGCUGAAAUGUUAGAACAUUCAGCGCCAAUAUCAAAGCCCCAAAUUAAGAAGUGCCUGGAAAAGGAAGACUGGGGUCAGGAAAUGUUGAAGAAAGUUUCCCUGGACACCGUCGUGAACCGGAUAAAAUAUGAAAGGCGUCUAAGGAGGGCUUCUAAAAAGUGA